AUGCGGCUGCUCCCGGAAUGGCUCCUCUUGCUCUUUGGCCCCUGGCUCCUUAGGAAGGCCCUCAGUGCCCAAAUCCCAGAGUCAGAUCGGCCUCAGUACCUGGAGCUGCGCCCAGCCACGGCCGGAGGGGCUGUCCCUGGCCAACAGCUGCCAGCGCCCAGGUCUCCCGAGGGCCUGGGCGCCGCCCGCACCUGGAGCUGGGCCUGGCCCGCUAACCACACCGGGGCCCUGGCUCGGGCUGGAGCGGCGGGCGCGCUGCCGGUGCCGCGCACCAAGAGGAAGCCGUCCAUUAAAGCUGCCCGUGCCAAGAAGAUCUUUGGCUGGGGAGACUUCUACUUCCGGGUGCACACCCUCAAGUUCUCGCUGCUGGUCACGGGCAAGAUCGUGGACCACGUGAAUGGCACCUUUAGCGUGUAUUUCCGCCACAACUCCUCUAGCCUGGGCAACCUCAGCGUCAGUAUCGUGCCCCCCUCCAAGCGGGUCGAGUUCGGGGGAGUCUGGUUGCCGGGGCCAGCCCCCCAUCCUCUGCAGUCCACGCUGGCCCUGGAGGGGGUGCUUCCCGGGCUGGGACCCCCCCUGGGGAUGACUGCUGCAGGACUAGGGGGCACCCCCCUUGGGGGUGCACUAGCGGGGCCCCUGGGGGGCGCGCUGGGAGUGCCUGGCGCCAAAGAGUCCCGCGCCUUCAACUGCCACGUGGAGUACGAGAAGACCAACCGUGCGCGCAAGCACCGCCCGUGCCUGUACGACCCCUCGCAGGUGUGCUUCACGGAGCACACGCAGAGUCAGGCCGCCUGGCUCUGUGCCAAGCCCUUCAAAGUCAUCUGCAUCUUCGUCUCUUUCCUCAGCUUUGACUACAAACUGGUGCAGAAGGUGUGCCCAGACUACAACUUCCAGAGCGAGCAUCCCUACUUCGGGUAG